AUGACAUCAGACAAUGACGAGGAAAUUUUGCAAACUCUUGAAUUACUCAAAGAGGCAGCCUCACGCACCGGAUACUUGAGUCAAGCCUUUUGGUUUGAUGAUUCUAGAAGUCAAAUUCGAAAUGACUUUGGGGUAGCAAAUUCGUUAUUUGGAGAAGCCAUUCUUCAAUUAGCUCAUACUAAACCACACAUUAUUUUUGAUGUUCCGCCAAAUGAUUCGUCGUAUUGGUCGUAUUUUCUCUAUAUUUUCAUUGGAUUUCUUGUUAUUAACUCUUGUUUGAAAAAACAUUCAGAUGAUCAAGGCUUAAAUUAA